AUGACUAGAUCCGAUCAUAUUGCAGCGUUUCUGGAAUGCAUCGGAUCUAUGCCCAGUCAACAGCCUACAUCCCGGCCCAGAAAGCGUGCCAGAACAACCAGAGUUGUCGACUCAAUAUGCAUUGCUCGGGAAAGACUUUUCGUCACUUACAGCGAUAUGGAUGCUUCCCAGUCAAGUUCAACUAUCACACGGACAGAUGCGGGGCAACUUGUCGAUAUCCGGCUUUGCAGGAUGGAUUCCGAAAUUCCAGACGCCGGCGGCUGGCAAUUGAGCCUCAAGCCACGGGCCAACUAUCGCGGCCGUCGGUUUGUGUUGAAGCUCCCUUUAGAUGAUGCCACCGUUACACAAGGCUUGAAGACCGCUUUGCGUGUGGCGGAAGCCCAUGCGUCGAACCCCGGGGAAGAAAGCUGCCUCUGGGCUGGCGUGGAUCUUUCUGUGCGACAGAUCAGAGAGUCGAUUGAGCUACGCUUAUCAACAGAAGUGAGGUGGAACGAGAGACUGACGGUUUGGGGAAGCGACCGAUCAAAGUUGAAUUUGCAACAAACACUGCGAGACGAAGCCCUUGAGACAUGGUACCCGCACCUCCACCAGGCCACCAGCAAGCCACACUCAUGGUCCCCGCAAGAUUUCUAUGAAGCCGCAUGUGUUCCCAGCAAAGAUGAGCUAGAUGCGGAGGUCUCGGCUAUGGAAAUCGCAGGGCUGGAAGCUGUCUUGUACCCGUUCCAACGUAGGGCCGUCCAAUGGCUUCUGCGACGGGAGGGCGUGCAGUGGCAUCGAGACGCCCCAAGCAAGCAAACCGCCAUCCGGCCUUUUAUUCCGCCGGUAUCACCCGACCUUCCGGUUUCCUUUGCCGGUGCCAAAGACGCCGACGGUAACACAAUCUAUAUCAGCCCUUUACUCGGCGCUGCCACCAAGGAUACAUCUAUCUUCCAGCCUUUCCAAGUUCUCCGCGGUGGCAUUCUCGCCGAGGAGAUGGGACUCGGGAAGACAUUGGAGAUGAUCGCGCUGAUACUUUUGCAUCAGCGGCCCGAGUCCCCUCCCAUGGUCUUUGACCCUAAUUUGGGCCGGGAACUCCUCACCACCUCAGCGACCCUCAUUGUCGCACCCUCGUCCCUCCUUGACCAAUGGCUUUCCGAGCUAAAUCGACAUGCCCCAGGCCUCAAGGUCGUGUUUUAUCCUGGUAUCAAAGAAAUGGCCAAGCUAAAGGGCGAGAACGAGUUAUCUGUUGAGAAACUGGCCGAACAGAAUGUGGUAGUCACCACCUACGAUGUUCUCAGGAAAGAAAUAUGGGCAGCUUCAGACGAGCCGACCCGUUCCAUGCGCAACGAGCAGCAAUACGAACGGGUCAAGUCCCCUCUCGUCCAGCUUUCGUGGUGGAGGGUGUGUAUUGACGAAGCUCAAAUGGUUGAGAACUGGGCAAACAAUGCGGCGAAGCUCGCAAGGAAGAUCCCCCGUAUUAAUGCUUGGGGUGUCACGGGUACGCCGGUCAAGGACGACAUCCAAAAAGACCUUCGCGGCCUGCUACUCUUUUUACGGCACGAACCGUACGCAUCGGACACCAAGACCUGGAAUUUUCUCACUACUUUCGACAAAGAGUCUUUUCGCAAGAUUUUCAACUCGAUAUCUAUGCGCCACAGCAAGAGUUUAGUGAGGAACGAGAUUGACAUCCCACCACAAAAGCGCUACGUCAUCACCAUGCCGUUUACCGCCGUUGAGGACCAGCAUUACCAGAGUCUUUUUGAGGAGCUCGCUGGGACAUGCGGCUUGGACGCCCGAGGCAACCCCCUGCAGGCCGAUUGGGACCCCGAGGACCCUGAAGUACAGCGCUCCAUGCGCGUAGCUCUUGAUCGGCUUCGUCAGACUGUCCUACACCCCGAAGUUGGAAACAGGAAUCGACGUGGCCCCGGGCAGAAAACCGGCCCCAUGAGAACCGUCGCCGAAGUACUCGACGCCAUGCUCGAGCAAACAGAUAGCUCCGUGAGAACGGAUCAGCGGGCUUUUCUCUCUGCUGGACUGCUAAAGGGGCAAAUUCUUGCCUGCCAGGGACGGGAGCAAGAGGCGCUCGACGUUUGGCGAGAGGUUGCAGCAAAGUGCUCAGAAUUGGUGGAUGAAGGCCGGGCUCAGCUGGAACAAGAAAUACAAGAAGCUCGUCGGGCGAAAUCAGGCGAAGAUAGCGAGACAAACAGUGAUGGGGAAGAUCGUGAAGAUGCUGUGCCACAACGGGUGGGAGAAGCCAGACGCCGGCUGCGGUUGUCGCUCGAGGUUCAGCACAAAGCAGUUUUCUUCUGCGCAAAUGCGUAUUUCUCUAUUAAAACCAACAAGGAGAUGACGGCGCCCGACUCGGACGAGUUCAAGCGUCUAGAGAAAUUGGAGGUCGAGGCGUAUGAUCGCGCCAAGGAUAUCAGAAGAGAGAUUUUGCGAGAGGUAGGUUGUAUUUCUCCACAGAAGCAACGAAGUCGUCCCCGACCAGAAACUCAGCUAACGAUAUUACAGAGUCACGGCAAAGCUGCGAAACUCAUGGGCCGGCUUAUGAAAGCUGCGGUAGAGCAAUCGUUCGCGGUUGUUCCGGCCUUCGAGCCUAUCGACCUGAGCGGUAUCGAGAGCCGAAGGAUUGCCGAUGGCCUCGAGGAGCUCUUCGCGGGGUUAAAUGAACAAGCCGCUGAAAUUGACGAUUGGCGUGAACACGUUAUUCAACUUCUUCUCAAGCCCCUAGUUGACGAGGAAAAUGACGAGAUCACUGGCGAGGAGUACGAGCAAUCAGCCAAGCUUCAGGAUGAAAUCCUGGUCUACCUCCAAAUAUUACGGACGGCAAUUGCAUACAGGAAUUCCUCGAUAACGGGACAAAAGAACUUUUUGGUGGAGCAUGAAACGAAGGCAGCGGCUAGGAGGGCAAGGGCGGGAGAAGGACCACUCCCCGGGAUGUUCCUCGCGUUAUUGGGGUUCUGCGAGCAGGUCAAGCCGCCCUUUGUCGAAGGGGACCCCUUAACAUCUGUGCGGGGGUUGGUCUCGGAGUUGCGUGCGCUGUCAGCAAAGCUCCAACACGACGCAGGGGCGGGAUCAUCCAGAUCCGCGAGGGAGCUCGCCGUUGUUUCGGUGUUAUUGACGGCAACAAGCGGCGCGCAAAAAGAACAAACCAGGGCUGUUACGGCCAUGGAGAAGGAAACUGAGCGUUUUAUGGAUACGCUGAAUGCUCGGAUCGAGUAUUACCGACAACUGCAAGAGGUCUCGGACACAGUUGCCGAGUACGAAGGCUCGUUGGAGCCUGAUGAACUUAAUGCUGCUCUAAUUGAGGCCGAGAAGUACGAGGAGAGGCUGGAGAAGCAGCUUGAUGCUGGCAAGUCGAAGCACCGUUACCUUGUCUUUCUCAAGCACGAGGAAUCAAACUCGGGUGAGCAACGAAUGUGUAUCAUCUGCCAAUCAAACUUCGAGGUUGGCGUCUUGACAGUCUGCGGCCAUUUGUUUUGCAAAGAGUGCAUCACAUUUUGGCUACGGGCGCAUCGAAACUGCCCCAUGUGCAAAAAGAAGCUUCAUCAGUACAACCUUUACGAUAUCACACUUAAGCCCCAGGAACUCAGGGUGCAUUCAGAGAGGCAGCAGGCAAGUGGCGACAGCGGAAAGGACGAGCAGACGGCGCCGUCCAAGAAAGUCUCCGCCAUUUACAGCGAUUUCUCUGCCGACCAGUUGGCCGUGAUCAAGAACAUCGACCUGGACGGUCCGAGUUUCACGACGAAGGUGGACAUGCUGACACGCCAUCUCAUGUGGCUGAGAGACUUCGACCCUGGGGCCAAGUCCAUCGUAUUCUCCCAAUACAAGGAAUUCCUGGACGUCCUCGCGCUUGCCUUCCGAAGGUACCGCAUUGGCUACACGUCGUUCGACAAGGCACACGGCAUCGCCAUCUUCAAGGAGGACCCCGGCACCGAAGUCUUCUUGCUGCACGCGCGGGCACACGCCAGCGGGUUAAAUCUAGUCAACGCCAACCACGUGUUUUUGUGCGAGCCGCUGCUCAACACGGCGCUGGAGCUGCAGGCCAUCGCCCGGGUCGACCGCAUCGGCCAGCAGCACGGGACGACGGUGUGGCUAUACAUUGUCGACGGCACGGUGGAGGAGUCCAUCCACGACCUUUCAGUACAACGGCGCAUGGAGCACAUGGGUGAGAAUACGAAGAGCAAGUCGAAGGAGUCGUCGUCUGAGCCGCUGGAUGCGCAGCUGGACGAGGCCAACGCGCUGGAGAUGCAGCAGGCGAAUCUGUCAAAGCUGAUGGGCAAGGACGGCAUUUUGGGGGAGGCGGUGGAUAAGGAUGCUUUGUGGACGUGUUUGUUUGGACACUUGUAUCCGAAGGGGAGGCAAGGGGAGAGGCAGGAGGAAAGGGACCCCGCGAAUCCUGAGAUUCGCCGGCUGCUCACUAUCAACGCAGCGGAGAGGCGGAUAGAGGAGGAGAAUUAA